AUGGAGACUGAGGUGUCAGAGGCGGGCAACCCCUAUUCAGCAGAAGGCGACAGCCUGCUGCUGGACCCGGACCUGUACGAUGCCGACACCGACGAUAUUCCAGACCCAGGGCUGCUCAAGGAAAAGAAUGAGCUGUUUGCGGAGCCUGUCCCACGGCUUCUCACCAGCAGCUCGUGGUGGCAGAACCAGACUCCACGUGCUCGUGCCCGCCAGCUGUGGCUGCUUCUCCGUGGGGGCCUCCAGGACAUCGUGGAAAAGGAGAAGAGAAGUGAGCUGUAUGUGGCGCGUUUGACCCACGGGCUGGAGCCGCUGCGCCAUCUGAGAGUGGCAGCUGGGCCGUGCUCGGUGGCACAGGACCCCGCAGGCGGACGCUUCGUGGUGCUGGACGGUGCAGGCCACCUGCACGUGCACAGGGAGGACGGCUGGGCUGACAAGAAGCUACGGGCCCCGGCCAUGCUCACGGGACUGGUGGCAAUGCGGGGCCCACGGGACACCACGAGCCGCUUUGUGGGUUGGGGCCCCGAGGGGCUGGCCAUCCUAAGGCCUGACCUCAGCCUGCUGUGGCUGAGUGAGCCAGGGGUGGGCAGGGGGCCGGGCCACGAGCCCAUCUGCGGUCUGCCAGUGCCCAGCCUGGGGCUGCUGCUAGUGGCAGAGGCAGGUGGCAGCCUGGUGCUCUGGGAGUUCCGUUCGGGGGGUCGCCGCCUGGUGCCGCGUGGGUCACCUCUGCAGCUGCCACCAAGUCCUGCAGGGACACUCACCCGUUUGGUUCUGGGGCCCCCACAUUCCCACCAAGUCCCAUGCUGCUUCGCGGCCUACGGCUCAGCCGUGCUCACCUUCGAUCUGCACACCUGGGCUCUCGUAGACGUGCGCCAAGACCUGCACAAAACCACUAUCUGGGAUGUGGCCUACUGCCUAGAGGUGGGAGCAGUGGUGACAGCCUCUCAAGACAGCACGGUGAAGGUGUGGGAGGCGGACUGGCAGAUCCGGAUGGUGUUCAUGGGCCACACAGGCCCAGUGACCGCUCUGGCGGUGCUCCCGAACACGUCCCGGCUGCUGUCGGCCUCGCGGGAUGGGACGCUGCGCACAUGGGACCUGCAGACGGUGGCACAGGUGGGCGAGGUGGCGCUGGGCCGGGGCGCCGCGUGUGGGCUCGUGACCCGCCUGCUGGCGCCCGCUGGCCCCGGCUGGCCGGUGCUCUCCCUGAGCACCGGCGGCGUGGACCUGUGGCGCCUCCGCGAGCUCUACUCGCCGUUGGCGCAGCUGUCCGCGCCGGUGCUUCACCUGCAGCUGGUGCCCGCGCUGCCAGCGUCCGCGCACCCGCUCCUGCCGGCGCGCCUCGUGUGCGCCUGCGCCGACGGCUCGGUCUACCUGGUGGCGGCGGCGACCGGGCACACGGUGAGCGCGCUGCUGCUGGAGCCCGACGACCGCGCGGCCUCCGUGCUCUACUGCCUCCCGCGCGAGGCGCUGUGGCUGCUGACGCGCGCCGGCCACCUGGUGUGCGCGGACGCGGCGCGCUGCCCCAUGCGCGUGCUGCGGCGCGUGUGCCCGCCCGCCGCCCCCGCGCGCAGGCCCUGCUGCCUGCACCUCUACAGCCACCUCACGGACCCCGGCGGCGCGCGGGCCAGCUGGCAGGCCGUGUGCCGGCGUGCGGGGGAGCCGGGCCGCCGCGACGCGCCGCGGGCCUGGAAGGACAGGAACCGGUACCUACCCGUGCUGGGGCACAUGGAUGGCAGCCUGUCCGUCCUGGAGUGGCACAGCUCGAAGACCGUCUUCCAGACCGAGGCGCACAGCCCGGGCCCCGUUACCGCCAUCGCGUCUACCUGGAACAGCGUCGUGUCCUCCGGCGGAGAUUUGACGGUGAAGAUGUGGCGCGUCUACCCCUACGCCGAGGAGAGCCUGAGCCUGCUGCGCACCUUCUGCUGCUGCCACCCCGCCGUGGGGCUCUGCGCGCUGGGGCGGCGCAUCACGGUGGCCUUUGAGGACCCUGACAGCGCCACCUAUGGCUUGGUGCAGUUUGGCCUGGGCGACAGUCCCCGCUCUGAUCACCGGCCCCAGGAUGACCCUACGGACCACAUCACCGGCCUGUGCUGCUGUCCCUCGCUCCAGCUGUACGCCUGCUCCAGCCUGGACUGCUCCGUGCGCAUCUGGACGGCGGAGAACCGUCUGCUGCGGCUCCUGCAGCUGAAUGGCCCCCCUCAGGGCCUGACCUUCAGCAGUGAUAGCGGGGACCUGGUGUUGGCUCUGGGCUCCCAGCUCUGCCUGGUGUCUCACAGGCUUUACCUGCCCACAUCGUACCUGGUUAAGAGCCUGUGCCAGAAGGUCCCUGAUGUGGUGCCUGACCCUCCACUGCCACUGACCAGCCAGGAGUUGCUGACCUCCACCCAGCUGCAGAGGCUCGCCGACCUCCAGGGGAUGCCGGGUCUUAGCCCAGACUCCUCUUCCGUCCAUCGCCAGACAGCGACACCUCCGCGGCCAGUGUUGGAGGAGGACUUGGAAGUCCUCACUGCCCGGGACCGAGACCUGCAGCAGCUGAGGCUGGGCCUGGGGGUCCCCGCAGCCCCCCACCCACCCUCCUGGCAACAGCGGCAGGAGGCCUUCGACAACUACUUGCACCUGAUCUAUGGCCGGGGCUUGCCGGACAUGCCUUCUGGAAGAGAGUUCCGGCAGUGGAGCGCCACGACCCUCACUGUGGAGAGAGAGACCUCGGCCGUGUGCACUGUACGCAGAGCGGCCAGCGGUCUUCGGCGGCCGGGGGUCCGCGCUGAAGGCCCGACGGCGCCCACAGCCCUCGCCCGACGGGAGCCGGGAGCCACGGGCCGGCACUUCGCCCAUCCUCGCCGAGUCCCCUCACCUAUCGCAGCCACACGCCGGGGCGUGCACGGCAGGGCAUCCCAGCUGCUGGCCCGCUCCUCGCUGAGCAGUAACCUGGGCCUCAGUCUGGACCUGCAGCUACAGUGGGAACGACUCCGAGGGAAGAAGCCUGCAGUCCCCGACUCUCCAUCCCUCCACCUACAGCACAGGGUCCCCCUCUUGAAGAGGAGGCGGCCCAACACGCCUCUUUGCAAUCUCCGAGGCUUCUUUCCUGCCACCGCUCGGCCCUACGAGGACUUGCGGCGGCCCAUCGGCUUCCCCGGCAGCGUGCCCAACUCGGUUGUGCUGUGCCAGCUGUGGCUUCAGCAGGAGGUCAGCAGCCCGGGCGCCCUCGCCCAGCUCACCGGCCACCGCAGGCCCAAGCCAGGAAGGCACCAGGACGACCUAUGGCAGCUGUGGCGCAUCAGGCAGCCGGGUGCCAAGGGGCAGCAGGACCUGACCCAGUGGCUGGGGGAAGAGGAGCAGGAGGGGCGCUCCCUGGACUGGCUCUCAGACUCCCUGAGCCCACACGGGGAGCUCUCUGAGUCCGAGGAGACGGAGGCUCAGAGCUCGGAGUACUUGACCCCGAAGCGCACGCACUCUCGCGCCCGCACCGCGGCCGGGCCCGAGACCGGCCUCCGCCAGCCCUUGCAUUCCUCUGGGCACGCACUCCGGGAAGAGCGCUCCGGGUAUCUGCCCAGGCUCCUGCAUUUCUUCGUCGGCCAGAACUGGUUCAAAGAGCUCUUCCCCGUCUUCACCUUGGAGGCCUACCCCGAGGUGGGCACGGCGGAGGGCCUGGCCUCCAUGUUCAUGGACCGGCUGUUCGAGGCCUCUUGGACGGAGCGCGUGCACGUCUUGAGGGCGCUGCUGAGGCUGCUGCCCGACCUGAGCAGAGACCUCCAUGACCGGCUGCAGGGCCUCCUGGUGCGCCUGCUCAACCUGGACCAGCCCCCCAGCCUCGAGGACCCGCCGCAGAAGGAGUUCGUGAUGCUGGCGCUGCAGCUGCUGCUGGCCUGCUCCCUGCAGUCGCGCGAGGUGGUGCUGGAGCUCCUGUCCUACUUCCUCUACUCGCCGGCCUCCUGCCGGCCCGAGCUCAGGAAGCUGCUGGACGGGCUAGGCCUUCAGGACCCGCAGGGCUUCCUGUUCAAGGAGAUGAUGACGUGGGUGCGGGGCCCCGACGCCGACUCCAAGGCCGCCCUGCGCAAGCACUGCUGCCACAAGCUGGAGGAGAUGGUCCGAAGGCUGCAGAUGCAACGCUUGCAGCCUUCCAUGGCCAAUUUGUCAGAGAUGCUGCCGAAGGUGUCCCAGACUGCGGUGUUUCUGCCUCCUCCCAAGGAGGCCCUGGCACAGAUCUCCGUGCUCGCUGGGUCAGCUCCCGUCUCGGGGACAGCCCGGGUCCGUUCCUGGGUGUCCUCUCUGGUGGUCUCACCCCGGGAGCUGGACUCAGCUGUCGUCCAGUCCCGAGCCAAGCCGAUGCCUUCGCCAAGGCGCCUGGGGCGGACCAAACGCGGGCUCUCGGAGGCGCUGUCCCACUUCUGGACCCCCGAGAUCUGUGCGUGCACCUCAGCACCCGACGUGCUGCCGGAAGAGCUGCCACCACUGGAGCAGACAGACUGGUCCCGGUCACAGAUGCUGGACCUGGGGACCAUCGACGCGCUCAACUUCUUCUGCAAGCAGCUGCAGGCACGGGCUCAGCUGCAGGGUCUCCCGCAGGAGCAGCUGGAGAGGCUGCACCCGAGCCCGUGCCCCCUGGAGUACAACACAGUACUGCCACAGCCCCGGGAAUGCUGGCACUAUCCCAUCCUCCGGCUUCAGGAGGCCAAGGUCCAGAAGUCUCCAGUGAGGCUGAGGGGCUGGAAGCGGUCCCGGUUCUGGGUGAACCGUACUGUCAGCGGCUCCAUCCGGAUGCUGAAGCUGCCCCUGCCGAGGGCAGAAGUCCAGCCUUUCCCCCCAGACUGGCCCAGGCCCGCCCGGCCGCUGCCCCCGCUGCUCCUCCAGCCGGCCUUGCAGCGCUACUUCCUGCCAGAAGAUACGGACCCCGACAGCUCCAGCUGAGCAGGCUGCGCCCAGGCUCUUCCCUCCCGCCCGGAGCCAAGAUGCGGCCCUCCAGCCAGUUGCUCUCCCCUGGAAAUAAAGUCCAGAGGUUGUGGCCA